GGAGGCGGCCGGGGGCGGCGGUGCGGUGCGGUGCGGUGCGGUGCGGAGCAACGCGGAGCCGCUUCCGUCCCUCUCUCUCUCUGUUUCAGUCUCUUUCUCUCUCCGUGGAUGCGCGCAAAGGGAGCGCACGUCCUGGAGCGCAGCGCAGCGCUGAGGAGCGGAACGGAGCGCUCGGAGCUCGGCGGAGCGCGGUGUCCUCGGCAUGAAAUCAGCCAGACUACGCGUCCUGCUGCCGCUGCUCGGCUGCCUCCUCUCCGCGGCAUCCAGCACGCGCCCAGAGUGCAGCAUCAUGCUGGAGAUUGAAGAGGAACGCAGCCAGUGCCUGGCAGAGAUCGCUGAGGAUAAUCAGACCUCAGGUUGCAGAAGGCAGUGGGACAACAUCACGUGCUGGCCUGAAGCGCAGGUGGGAGCGGUUGUGGUGAAGCCAUGCCCAAAGUACUUCAGGUUCCUCACCACUUUUCUCGGAAAUGUGAGCAGGAAUUGCACAAGUCAGGGCUGGACUGAUGUGUACCCUGCCCCGUAUGCUGUUGCCUGUGGAUACGAUUCCAAUAGCACACCAGGGGAAGAGCAAACGGCGUUCUAUGGCACAGUUAAGACCGGCUACACCAUUGGACAUACAUUAUCGCUCAUUGCUCUCACAGCUGCUAUGAUCAUUUUAUGUCUCUUCAGAAAACUACAUUGUACUCGAAAUUAUAUUCAUAUGCACCUCUUCAUGUCCUUUAUAAUGAGAGCCAUCGCAGUCUUCAUAAAAGAUGUCAUCCUGUUUGAAAGUGGAGAACCCGAACAUUGCUUUGUGAGCUCAGUAAGUAGCCGGGUAGGCUGCAAAGCCAUGAUGGUUUUCUUCCAGUACUGUGUCAUGGCCAACUUCUUCUGGCUGCUGGUGGAAGGGUUAUAUCUUCACACCCUGUUGGUCAUCUCAUUCUUUUCAGAGAGGAAGUACUUCUGGUGGUACAUCUUAAUUGGCUGGGGUGCCCCCUCUGUGUUCAUCACUGCUUGGACGGUCGUCAGGAUUUACUUUUUCAAUGUUGGGUGCUGGGAGGAAAUAAUAGAAUCCCCAAUCUGGUGGAUCAUUAAAACUCCUAUUUUGGUCUCCAUUUUGGUGAACUUCAUUCUUUUCAUUUGUAUCAUCCGUAUCUUAGUCCAGAAGUUGCAUUCCCCAGAUGUUGGACACAAUGAAACCAGCCAGUAUUCGAGACUGGCCAAGUCCACCUUGCUGCUGAUCCCUCUCUUUGGCAUUCACUACAUCAUGUUUGCUUUCUUCCCUGACAAUUUCAAAGCAGAAGUUAAGCUGGUCUUUGAGCUCGUGGUUGGGUCAUUCCAGGGAUUUGUGGUGGCUGUCCUCUACUGUUUUCUCAAUGGGGAGGUCCAAGCCGAGCUCAAGCGAAAGUGGCGGAGGUGGCACCUGGAGCGGUUUCUGGGCUCAGACAUGAAGUACCACCACCCUUCCUUAGGCAGCAACGGCACCAACUUCAGUACCCAGAUCUCCAUGCUGACCAAGUGCUCACCAAAGACACGUCGGUGCUCCAGCUUCCAGGCAGAAUUCUCUCUAGUGUGAUGGAGAGAGGCUCUCUGAGCACUGAGCAUCCAAGAGAGAGAAGGAUCCCCAGGAAUCAGUUACCUGUGGACAAAUCCUUGUGAAAUGGCAUGCUCCACUUGAGCCAACAGAGGACAAAAAACUGGAAAAGCCACUGGCACCCAGAACAGGAUCAGACAAGCUAAGAGGCAGAGAAAUACUUUUCCUCUCCCUCUUUCCAGACCUUUCUCUCUAAGUUGGCACCCUUGGGGGCUGAUAGCUCUGAGUAAAGGUCGCAGUCAUUUGAGGAGAGCCUGGGAGAUCCUAAUGUGCUAUAAAUACUGAAUUUUGGGUGUAAGGGAGGGAACAGCGUGAGUUACUGAUGGCUUUCCCAGAACCGGCAUCUCUGAAACAGAUAAAUUGCACUUUUUUUGUUUGUUUGUUUGUUUGUUUGUUUUAAAUGAGCCAGUAAAGGAGAGAGAGGGAGACAAGAAGUGGGGGAAAAAUAUUCCGAACUUAUAAAUGUGCCAAAAGCCCAGUCGCUAAGAAGUGAUGAUAUGGUGCUGGAAACUGCAAGGAGAAGGGACAGGAAGAACACAAGCAGGAAGAGGAGAGGCCAGUGUGUCACCCUGCCCUGUGCAAAGAAGCUGCAGCACCAAGCAAGGCCAUGGGAGGAUGCCCUGAUGUUGGAGUGUAUUCUGCUAAUUGCUCGCCAUCCUCGUUAGCCAAAGCUUUCCAUGCACCCUUGGGUGCCCUCUGGAAGAGCAGCUUGCUGAGAAGAACCAGCACAAAAUGCCCUUCUCUGUGCUGCGUUCAGGACAUCGACAUGCUUUGUUUGGUUGUUUUCACUGAACAGGGAACUCGAUUUGCAUGUAUGAAAAAACAGGUACAGAUGCCAACAGUGGAGUACGGCUGUGUUUUUCAUAUUUGUUCAUUGAACCUGUAGAUCUUGGUGCAUUACUGCACGUGGCAUCGUUAGGGAUUGGGGGAGAGCAAUUGGUCUGUAAUCUGUUUGCACUUGUGUAACACGCACUGCCAGGAAAGGGAAGAUGUAGAACCUUGUAAUCCUUAAUUGAAUCAGGCCUGCCAUAAGGAGCUGGUCUUCAGAUGAAAAAAUUAGCUUCAGAGCAGCAAGCAAAACUGCUUUCAUCAAAACAAGGUUGGCUCAGCACGUAACUGGCACUCCAGGAGUCGGAAAGGAGUGAGGGAGCUAUUAAAUUGAUUUCUUCUUCAGCUUGUGCAGGGAGCUUUCAUCCUACGAUGAAGGCACUGUUAGAUCUUUAAGAGACACGUGUGCAUUUUAUGUCGUUUUUGAAGACCUAUUAGUUUCCACAUUAGGGCAGUCCCUGUAUGAAGGAUGUACACAGAGCUUGCUGGAACCAAGGGAACUGUUAUUUUUAUUCUUUCUUGCUUUUCUUCCCUCAGCAGAGGUGAGAAGGAAAGGAGCGAAACCAAAUCCUGCUCUGACACACCAGCCCAGUGGUUCACAGGGUACCAUGUGAGCUCACAUCUCCAAGCUGUGCAUCCCAACCUUAGAAAAUAGCCCAAGGAUGCAGAUGUUCAUGGCUGUUUCUCAUCCAACUGCACUGCAUGAGUUCACAUCAGUUUUACACUGGGGGUGGAAAAUCUCUGCCAAGCAAAGGUGUAACCUGAAUAAUUGGGCUGCCAUUGUCCUACUACAGCAUGUUACAUCACUGUCCUUGGGAAGGAGUCUGGGUCACCCAAUUAAUACGUGUACAUGGAAAGGAAGUAUGAAUGCUUUCAUAGCUCAGAGAUCUCAACUUUUCUACUAACAGCGACUGGACUCUUCUUUCUUCCAAAUUAAAUUGCAGUUCCUUGAAGGGAAACAUCUUUAAUUUAGUGUCUUUGGGGUUUGGGGGUUUUAUUUUGCUUGCUUGCUUGCUUGCUUCAAGCAUCCCAAAUUCACUGCCAACAAACCACACUGAGCCCAGGAGAAUUGCAGAUCAGGACAUCCCAUUUCUUUCUGAGUUCUGAGGGGUGGUUUUUGCAUUGCAUACCUCUCCCCAGAGCUGUACCAUUGCCAUCUGAGCUGGAUGCUGCCAAAAUACUUCCCCACAUUCAAGACUGAGGACAGCACAGAGGACUGAAGUCAAUUGAUAUGAGAUACUCUGUUAAAACUGCUGUGAAUGGUAGGUAUGUACCCAUGGGUUUCCAGCCUGUCAUGGUGUAACCACGGCUACCCAUCCUAGAAAACCUAGAGCAGAUAGAUACUUGUGAAGAUGGUUGUGCUGUUCCCUAUGGUCCUGGUAUUGAACUGCUGUCAAGACUCCAAGCCAGCCAGAGUCAGGUGAUCUUUGUUCUCAUUAGAAUCAGAAAAUCAAUCAUAGAAUGGUUUGUGUUAGAAGAGACCUUAAGGAUCAUCUAGUUACAACUCCCCUGCCAUAGACAGGGACACAUCCCACCAAACCAGACUGCCCAAAGCCCCAUUCAGCCUGGCCUUGAGCACUUUCAAAGACAGAGAAUCCACAGCUUUUCUAAGCAAUCUGCUCAGCUUAGGAGUAUAGAAUGUCUUCCCAAAAUCUAACCUAAAUUUCCCCCCUUUUAGUUUAAAAAUGUUCUCCCUUGUCCUAUUACCGUGUAAAAUGCUGAUCUCCGAGUGGCUGUGCUACAGUGAAACCAUAUAAUUAGCAGACAGAGUCCAAGUGCCAUGAAAUGUUCUAAAAGUCCUCUUUUAUCAACCUUCCAGUUCCCAGAAUGCAAAGAAACAUCCUCAUGGGGCAAUCUGAGGCAGGGGUUUGGUGCUUGGUGCUGGUUCUGCUGCUCUGAGUGCUUCCAGAGCUGGGUUAGGACUCUUGCAGAAGGUGUUGGAGGACUCCCACAAGCAGUGCCAAGUCUUCCAUACCAGAAACAGAGGAAUUGAAGCUCAAAGCUAUUGAGAAUAAAGUGGAGUACCACUGCUGGCAGCAGGAGGUGGUCAGUGCCUGUAAGCCUGAGACACCUUGUGCAUUUUUGUUCUGUGUGUGUUUGUUUCUUUACCUUUCUUUUCCCCUCCCUUUGCUUGUGAUUCCAUCUGCAGGAGGGACUUCUGCCUUUUAUUUACUCCUCUUCAUUUGCUAGGCCAACCUGGGCCAGCACCAACCACAUGCUGAAGCCAGCAGGAAUCAUUUUGUCCAAUAGAGACGUGUCAGGGAAAAGUUUGGCUGCUUAUUUACCCAUGCAACAAGGCCUUCUGCAGCCCCUAAGCUGAACUGAGGAGCUCCUUCAGAACUCAACUCUGUUACAAUUGGUUUAUCACCACGCAUCCAACUGCAUCACCAUUAAGCUGUCAAGGGUCAAUGAAGAGAUGAAGUGAAUGUGCUGUGAUGGGCACAGCAGAGCUGCCAGCCCAGCUGUGUUGGCUUCAGAUUUUGGGAGAAGAGAGGAGUCAGUGAUGAAAUCAGAGCUUUUCUCUCUGGGGAUCUGAGCAAUCAAGUGAAUGAAAGAUCCUCUGCCCAUUCUGGCUUUUGGAUCAGGCCCUUGUUUAGGUACUUAGUGCAGGAAUUUGGCUGGGUAGCUUGGCCUCCUCUACUCUGAAUGUGAUUUUCAUCCAACUCUUCAAUAAAAUGGAGUUCAAGGACCUCACUGCAGCCCCAAAUGACUACCCAAACCAUAUUGUCCUAAAGCAAUGCUGAAUAAAUGACCCAGUGCUCAGAGCUGUUGCUGCUUCUCACCAAGCACAAGCCUGACCAGUGGGACAAGAGCAACUGUGGUGAAUGCAAGUGAGUUGUUUCAGUGGAAAAGAUGAUUAAGAGUCAUUCCUGGAUGUUCCAUCCUUUUUAGACAUGACUGAGGAUAAUCAGUUUGGAUCCCAAAACUCUUUACAGAAAUGACAUCAAAUUCUCACCCCUCUUGCAUCCCACAGUUCACAACAGUGAAUCCUGAUUUACACAAGCUUGAAACUGGAAUUUGAGUUUAGAAGAAUUCCUUUACCUUCAUCCAGGAACUGUUUACAAACCUUUUAAUUAAAAUAUAAAAAUUAAAUAUCUUUCUCAAGGUCUAGAGGUGCAAAGUGCAAUGCUAACAUUAGGCUGUAGAUAUUUCUGUGCAGCUGAGACCUGAAUGGCUCUGUGGCCCUCUGAUAAGUAGUGUGAAAUGAGAAUAUAAUCAUGUUUAGGGCUUGAAAAAGAGCAGUAAAGAAAUUCAGAAUUGUAGGGCAUUAAUUUGAAGGUGUUUUUUAAAUACAGGACUAUAUGCAGCACCAUCAUUGCUGAAGUUUUGGAAUGAAAAAGGGAUUCCAAAGAAACUCAGAAGGUGAAACGUCUGAUGUUUAUUUAUUUUGUUGUGUUGGAUUGUGGUGGGUUUUUGUUUUGGCUGUCCAAUGGGCAGCUGCCAAUUGAUUUAUAAAGAGCAAAAUGAAGUUACAAAGAAAGCUGGGGAGUAGAUACUGCUUGGCUCUGUUGCAGGGGCUGAAUUGUUUCAUUGUGAUCUUCAUCUCCAUUCCUUCUUCCAUCAGCAUGGUGUUUAAACAAGGUAAAAAAAAAACACAUAAGUUUUUUGAAGGAAUCACAUACUUUUGGACUAGAAGGAGGUCUCUCAGACCUGGGAGUGCCAACACGUGUCAUUAUGAAGCACAUUUCAUUCUGUCUGCACAAGUUCAUUGUAACACUUGGUUUGGUUAAAGGUAAUUGGGAACACGUGUGGUAUGAGAAGCAUGGAGCCUGACAUCAGCCCAUCUUCCCUGCAAGGUGAAGGGUCUAACCCCUCUGCCUGUGUAAAACACCUUCCUAUGCCAUGCCCUGGCCUCUCUGCCUUCAAGUAGCGCAUUGGGCUGAAGAAGGUGUCAGACUGGACACAGCUAUCUCUGCACCAAUGGUGAAAGUGCCAAAUUCUUGGUGACAAAGACCACAGUCCAGGGCUCCAUGACUCUCCAUGCAGCUUUGCACUUUUCUCAUAGCAGUAUUUAUGGUGGUUGGGACCAUAAUGCUUCGUAAUUGUAGAUGACUGUAGAGGAGUGGGAGACCAAGCCCUUGGCCUCGUGUAUACCCCAUGUCAAUGUGGAGUGGCUCUGGUGGGGCUGUAACUAACUGGCAUUACAGGGAAAAGAAUUAAGUCCCAGUCUGGUACCUGGAGUCAGACAUCUCAAAAUACAGAGCAGCAUAGAAUUCAAUAUGUUUUCUUUCAGUCAGCCAGCUUUUGCCCUGUUCCCAAGCCCAAUAUUUAUACACAGGUGUGAUGAAAUACAGUUACAACUGAACUUGUUAUUUCCCCUAGAUAUCUAUAAAGUUACUAACCACGGCUUUCCUGGGCCAACAGACCACUUCUUCUACCUCCUUUUCUCUGGAAGUCCACAGUCUUUGCUCCUCAGCACAUUAUUGCGUUGUGUUGAAGAGCCCUGCAUUCAAAACCCUACUUCUUUCUAGCACACUGCAGAACCACAGGGAUAAGACAGUCAUUGGGACUGGAAACUGUGUACCAGGUCUCUAAAGGAAAUUAAUGCCUGUUGUGUUCUGAGGGCCAGGCCUUUAGGACACGCAAAUUGGCACCAGUAGAGUACUUGGUGGUUUAUACCCCAGUUUUGUGGAUGUUGUAAACUUGUACGUAGAGGAAAGCUGAAGAGCACAUUUAUAAAGCAAAAAGUCACAUAUUUUUUAUACUCUGUGGAUAAUAAAUUAAGCUUAAAAAAAAAACAACAAAAAAACAAAAAACUUUGAAUUCAAGACUGCAUUUUUCAUACUCUUUCAAUCGCAGAUCAGGCUGUUCUUGUUCAGAAGUCGGUGCCAACCAACUCUUUGGUGACUGUCAACUCAUUCAGACUGUAAGUCCCCACUCUUCUGCCCUUCUGUAAAUAUGCUUUGACAGCAAAGAGUGAUGAAAACUGGCUGUGAACAGGGAAUCACAGUUAAGCCACAUUUAUGUGGAUUUUCAUGUACCUAGAUGCUCAUGAUGUAUUUGGAACAGGCUUGCUUGCUCGGCACAGGUGAAAUCUCCACCUUAUUUCAUGGCCUUUUGCCUGACGUUAUUUAUUUUGUUCUGACUCUGUACAAAUGCAAUGAAAUGGCUAUUUUUUUUUUCCUUUGUACUUGGUUCAUCUCCUUGUUUCAGAGGAGGUUCUUCUCUGUGGUUGACACUGCUGAAAACAAGCAAUAAAACCAUUGUGAAGAA